AUGGGACUAGCGUCUUCAUUAUUUUGCUGCAAUUCAAAUAACAACAAUACUUCCAACACUGCUAAUUCCAUUAACACACAACAGAAGAUUACUAAUAAUUCUUAUCAAAACACUAAACAAGAUAAAGAUCUUCAUAAUACUCAGUCUAACAAUUUUAUUAGAAAUAAUAAGAAGAAUAAGAACAAUAGCAUAGAUACGAAGAGAAAAAAUAAUUCAUCUAGUAGUAUCUCUUAUUCUAAGCCAAACACUAUAAACGAUAAAACUAAUAAAGCUAAUAAAUAUUCCAAUCAAAAAACUAUUAUUAACGAACAUCUUAGCGAGGAUAAAAAGAAUAAUAAACUAGAAUCGCAAGAUCGAACCACAACUACGAAAAAUUGUAGUACUAUUCAUCUUGAAGAAUCAAGAACUACCUCUUUACAGCCAUCAGACUCAGAAUUAGGUUCAGAUUCAGAUUCACUUACUUCUUCCUUAGGAGGUCUCAAUUAUCAAAAAACAGAUCUAUCAAAACCUAUAUCUCAAAUUGUUACUACCACAACAACUAUUCCCGAUUCAAUAGUAGAUAAUCCACAAAUAAUAGGACAAUCUCAUAUAGAUUCUCCCUCCUUAAAAGAUUUUCCUUCAUCUAAGGAUUCCCCAUCAUCCAAAGAUUCUCCUUCCAAAAUGAUCUCAAACUCAAAUAAAAAUAUUAAUACUAACUUAACAAAUCAAGAAAACAUACCAGAUACUUUAACAGGUUCCAGUAGGCAUAAUACAUCUACUAGCAAUAUUACAUUCCAAUCAAAACAAAAUUCUUCCACUCAAUUAAGAAAUACGACGACCAAGAAUAAAUUAGCUAAUAGUAAUGUUAAUAUUAGUACUAUGACACCAAAUAUAACUGGAAAUACAAAUACACCAAAUAAUACCAGCCUUAUUUCAACAACUACAAUAAAAUCUUCUACUUCUACACCAAAAACAAGUGGUUCAAAUUUAAAUGCAACUAAUGAUUCUAGUAAUAAUAUUGCUGAUAGCAAUAGAUCAACUACUGCUCCAACAACAACAAGUACCACAGAAAAUGCCACUGGUUCUAGUACUUUAAAUGCUUCUGAUAAUAUAGAGUUAACAACAAUGGUUCACGAUGGAUCAGAAUCAGAAUCAACUUCAGAUUCCUCCAGUUCGGAAUCUGGCAUAUAUUCUAAUAGGCAAAAUCAGAAUAUUAUAACAGAUACAAACUCAAAUAUAAAUAUGAAUGAUAAUAGAGAAAAUAAUGAUAAUGAUCAGCCUUCAAAAGACGGCAACAAUAAUUCCAAUUUAUAUUACGAAGGAGAUAUUGAAGAAUCAAUAACUGAUUUGAAUAAUCCAUUAAUAAAUAAUAAUCCUCAAAUUACAGAAAUUAAUGAAGAUGCUGAUCAAAUAAUGAUUGAUAGUGAUACAAUUGAAGAUGAAUUCAAUCCAUAUUUGGAUGAGACACAACAACAACAACAAUUUGUGGAUUUAACAGUUUUACAACCACAACAAUACCAUGCGAUGGGGUUUAAUACUUUACUACCACCACAAAACCAAAUAUUCUCAGGUAAAAAAUGUUUAAUUUUAGAUUUAGAUGAAACUUUAGUUCAUUCUUCUUUUAAAUAUUUAACAUCUGCUGAUUUUGUUAUACCUGUUGAUAUUGAUGAACAAAUUCAUAAUGUUUAUGUGAUUAAAAGACCUGGGGUUGAUCAAUUUCUAGAAACUGUUAGUAAGAUUUUUGAAGUUGUUGUAUUUACUGCAAGUGUAUCACGAUAUGGAGAUCCUUUAUUGGAUGUAUUAGAUAAACAUCGUUGUAUACAUCAUCGAUUAUUUAGAGAAGCAUGUUAUGAUUAUGAGGGAAAUUAUAUCAAAAAUCUAUCACAAAUAGGCAGACCAUUAUCAGAAUUGAUUAUUUUGGAUAAUUCUCCAGCUUCAUAUAUUUUUCAUCCACAACAUGCCAUACCAAUAUCUUCGUGGUUUUCAGAUACUCAUGAUAAUGAAUUAUUGGAUAUUUUACCAUUAUUGCAAGAUUUAGCUGAAGAAAAUAUACCAGAUAUCCGAAAUAUCUUAAAUGUAACAAUAUAG